CUCUCUCCAGUCAUUUGCUUCUUGUGAUUUAGUUUAACAACAACCGAUUUAGCGUUUUUUUUUCUUCAAUUUAUAUACACAAACACACCUUUUAAUUUUAUAUAUAUUGAUAAUUUUGUGAUUUAUACACACACACACACCAACAAACACUCAUCAACUAUUUACACAACUACACACACAUACACAAACCAACAUAAUGUCAUCAUCAAGAUUAAAUGAUUUAACCUCUGUGGUCCUUGGAUCAAGUAGAUCUAGUUUUAUACAUACAAUUUGUAAAUUUGUCCGAGAUGUUGAUGAUAUGAAUGAUACUGUUCUGGUUCCCUCCAUGUUGACUGAUUUAAAUAAGUGUUCAUCACCUAAAGCUACUUCCUCUUCCUCUUCACCUGACCUGUCCGACUGUUUUGACCUUCAAACUCUACACCAAUUGUUAAAUCGUUUAAAAGAUGAAUUAACAAUAGCUCGAUUUGAUGAUGAUAAUUCAAACUCUUCUUCUUCUUCUUCUUCUGCCAAUAUUUUAUCUUCUGCCAUUAAUUGUAAUUCUCCAACAACUAUCACCACCACCAACAACAUGAUAACCAACAGCAUUACUACAAUUUCACCUUCUUCAAUUCUAACAACUCCUUCAUCUUCUUCUACAACUAAUAAUGUUAAUAAUUCUAAUCAGAUAGCCUCAUCAUCUUCAUCAUCAUCUUGCUCCUUAAGGAUAGCUGAAGGUGAUCUUACCGGGUUAAGUAAAAAGUUACACUCAUGUAAAUGUUCAGGCUCAUCGGAUGAUGGUUUCUCUUCACUUAACAGUUUCAGUCGAAAUUCUGAUGAUGAAUCAACCUCAUCUUCUUCACCUGCUUCUGAUUCAGAUUCUGAAUGCUGUUCAUCAUCCUCUUCAGCACCAAAUCAAUCCCGUGAAAAUGAUGCUUCUUCAGUCGCCGAAUCUUCACCUGAAUACAUUGUUAAUCUACUUAAACUUCACAUCCAAGGAAUUCAAUCUAUUUUAACUCGUUUCUCCAAAUACGCUGAUCAUGUAUCAGAUUCAUACGUUAAUUCACUUGACUAACACACCAACACAACAACUAUAACAACAAAAUAUACUCACAUAAAUCUCUCUCUCUCUCUCUCUUUCUCUCUUUCUCCUUCUACUUUCUCCACUCACAAACUCCUUUCAUAUACACACAAACACACACACACACACACACACACACAUAAUAUUUACAAUCAACUUUAUAUAUAUUAUAUACUAAUUGUGAUGCUAACAAUCAAAUUGUCCAUGUUAAAGAAAAAAAAAUUAAGCAAUUUUUGUAUGAACUGUAUUAAAAAUGUUUCCGAAAAUCGUGAAGAUUAAUCAACUUUACUUUGCAAUGUUAAA